AUGCAUGGGAGUUUCAGCUUUGAUAAGCUAAAAAGCAAAGUCAACCCACACAGAAAUCCAAGUCACACCGAGAAUGCAACCGAUCAUUCUCGAGGGAAAAUUAGACGACUUAGUCUCGAUCAUGAUAAUAAUGUUCGACAGGACAUUAUUAAGGGAAUAACUCCCCCAAGAGAAUCUUCAAGAUUAAGAUCCACUUCAUUUUCCUUCAUCCAUGGAAACAGUCAUAACAAUAAUAACAAUAAUAGUAAUAACAAUAAUAAUAGCAACAACAAGAACGACUCAUCAGCAAUUAACUCGUCGUCACAUGGACAUUUACACCUCAGUCGAUCAAACCUCAGAUCCAGAUCUAGAUCGGUCUCUACUUCAGCGUCAACAUCAGCCUCAGUCUCAGCCUCAGUCUCACAGUCGCAUUCCCACGCAGCACGAGCGCUAUCUCCAUCCAGCAUAUUCAAAUCAUCGAAAUCUAAAGAUUUGUUUCACAAUGAGUCAACCCAAAUAUUGCUGCAGAAAUUACUCAAUGAGCUACAUGACUUGGGCUUGCAAAUGCCAAUACCAAUAAAGACAUUGUUGCAAGGGUCACCCUCCAAAUCUAUUAGAGUUUACGUGUCAAAUUCAAACGAUUGUAUUUACCUACCCCCAGCAAGCUCUACAAGCUUUACAUAUGAAGAUGUGGAGAAUGGAGGUAGUCAACAAAGAGAAGCCAGCUCAUUCUUGCAAGAUACCGCUAAUAAUUAUAGUAAUAGCUCAGGUAGUCGAAGAUCAUCGAUUAUAUCUAUUUCAACACCGCAACUGCUGCAACCACUGCAAUCAGCGCAAGCUCCAUCAUUAUCAUCGUCUAACCCAACAGAAGUCAUUGAUGGCACUGAAGGUACUAAACUCACUCAGCCAAACAACUCAUUACGCCAGAGGAUGAAGCUGUUUAGCUCGCCAAACUAUUUGUGCACUAAAAUUGAUUCAGAGAAUCCAAUUCCACACACAUUUGCCGUCAUCAUUGAGUUGACAAAAGACCAAACAACUGUGAAAGACUUGAGCAUUAAAUUUCAAUCCGUGACUCAAAUCUUGUGGCCGAAUUCAGAUCCAUAUAAUCGCUCGCAUUCAAAAGAAAAGUUUGAGAUUGGAACUAUGGAAUGGACAACUAGCUUAAACAAUGCAGAUUAUUACAUUGAUAAUGGAACACUGUCAGGAGAACUGAAAAGUAGAGUAAAGAGAAUAGCACCUGAAGACUUGGCCAGACGCACACGGGAAUACAAACUAGUUAAUAUUCACGAGUGGAAUAACUCGUUGAAGGGAAAUUUUUCGUCUGAGGAACAAUUGGCUGAGAAUGCACUGACAGAAUCAGCAAUAUCUUCACACUCAUCACACUCAAUAACAAACACAAACUCAAAUACAAAUCAUAAUAUUAGUUCCACCUUUAAUAAUUCUAAUACGAAUUCAAUUCCUGAAACACACCGAGCUGGUCUUUAUGUGUUUUUGUUGCCUGUAUUACUUCCAGAACAUAUUCCCGCAUCAAUUGUAUCUAUAAAUGGCAGUUUGAUGCACAAUUUACUGGUGAAUUUCAACAAGAUAAGUGAUAAGUUGAGUCGGAGAUUGAAGGUUAAUGCCUCGUACAACUUACCCAUGGUACGGACACCGCCUAAUUUUGCCAACUCAAUAGCUGAUAAACCUAUUUAUGUCAAUCGAGUAUGGAAUGACUCUGUGCACUAUAUCAUAACUUUCCCACGAAAAUAUGUGUCUUUAGGCUCGGAGCAUGUCGUUAACGUUAAGUUAGUGCCACUCGUCAAAGAUGUCAUUGUUAAACGUAUCAAAUUCAAUGUACUAGAAAGGAUUACAUAUGUAUCCAAAAACUUGGCUAAAGAAUAUGACUAUGAUAGUGAAGAUCCUUACUGCUUACACCCUGCAAGAGAGAACAAGGUAAGAGAAAGAGUGGUUGCUUUGUGUGAAUUGAAAACUAAGAGCAAACAAUCUACAAACACUUUUUGCGACCCUUAUAAAGAAGAAGUGAUUAAAUGCCCAGAAAACAAUUUGCUUUUUUCAUGCUAUGAACCAGAAAAUGAUAUUGGAACUGGUACCGGAAAUGGAAAAGUAAAAGGAGCAGAAACAAAGUCCUCUUUACGUAAAAAAAAUAACAAGGAUGAAAAGAAAACAAUGGUUGCAUCGCCUUUGGACAUCAAUAUAGCGUUGCCUUUUUUGACGACAAAGGCUGAUAAAUCAAUGAUGACGGGGUCUACUUCGAAUGAGUCCUAUGAGCGUGGCAGAUCCGCUUCUUCGGCAGCAUCAUCAACUCCAGGAUCUCGUAAAGCCUCCAUAGUCCAAGAAAAUAUUCCGGAUGGCGGUUUUUUCAACCCUUCUUCGCCAGUUAUUGGGGCACUUGAGACCAAUUUAACUAAUGUAGAUGAGAUUGGUCCGCAUGAGUUGACGGGUCCCAACUCAUCAUCAUUUCUUACUGAUGAAUUAGCAUUGAAACAUUCACCUCCAGAAAAUAUCAAGAAUGGAUAUACUUUGAAAUCAAGAGCAUUAUACCCGGACUCCAAUUACAGACACAUACAGAUCAACCACAGAUUACAAGUGUGCUUUAGAAUUUCAAAACCGGAUCCAAAAGAUGAUUACAAGAUGCAUCAUUAUGAAGUUGUUGUUGAUACCCCUUUGAUCUUGCUUAGUUCGAAAUGUAAUGAAGGCUCAAUACAACUACCCAAAUACGAUGAACUUGAUAUUAGCACACCUAGACAUAUCAGUGUUGGUGAUGCCAGUAAUCAAUACCAGAAUACCAUCACCAGUACAAUCGUUAGUAACAAAAAGAAUUCCAACAAUAAUGGUAUUAUAUUCAAUACUCCGAGUUAUAGUAAUAAUGGUGUAACUAUAAAGCAGUGGGAUCAAGGUAGUGUUUACGACAACGGUGACCAAUUGCCAUCAUUUGAAGAAGCCACAUCUACACCAUCAUCACCAUUAACGAGAACGUUAUCUAUUGCUGAGGACCCCUUGAGUCGUGUUCCUUCCAUACAAUUGAUUACACCAAACGAGCCUGCACCGGCGUAUGAAAGACAACCAUUUGGUGGGCAACAACAGUCACUAAGCGAUGCUGGUUCGACAAUUGAUGAAAUUAUCAACAUUAAUUCAACAACUUUUCCCUCAUUACAACCAACACAAAGAAGACAAUCGAGUAUCAAGGACAGCCUUUCGAAUUCGUUUUUGCAUAAGUCAUCGCCAUCAUCCUUGCCACUUAACAGUAACUUAAUAUCUCCUCUACAAUCAUCACAAUCGCCCGAUCCGCUUUCGCGCCCUUCUGCUCCGCAUACAAUACCUUCUUCGUCUUCUGAUGAAGUUAGUAUACAACUGGACAACUUAUCGUCAUCGUCGAUUAAUCAUACUGCUACUGAGACUCCGGCAUCAUCUUCAGUCAUUCCAGAUGCUGUAAGUGUCUCAGGUUCAAGCUGUGCCAUCGAAAGUAUCUCCGAUAAUGAAGAUAAUGAUGUAAGCAAGGUUGUACCUUCCGAAAUAAAUGCCGCAGAAGAACAAGAACAAGAACAAGAGCAAGAGCAAGAACAAGAACAAGAACAAGAGCAAGAGCAAGAGCAAGAGCAAGAACAAGAACAAGAACAAGGACAAGGGCAAGAACAAGAGUCAGCCAACACACGUAUCUCUUUUAACAAUAAGGCGUUGUCUUCCAGAAGAAGUGAAACGUCCAACACGUUGAUAUCUGCACUGGCACCCGAUGAUCCCAACGCUACGGAUGUGUAUGAAAUCAACGAAUCUUCUGAUGGUGACGAUGAUGAUGUUGAUGAUGAUGGUGAUGAUGAUGGUGAUGAUGAUGCUUAUGAUCAUGAAAAUGAUGCUACUCUUGAAGACGACGAUGCAUUGGGCAAUCUAGUAACUCAAGAAGCCUCAUUUAGUCAAAGGUUGCCUUUACUCAAACAGAUGAGUACCGACACUAUUCGAACACAAAAUACAUCCGCCACAAGAUUUGCAACUACAUUAAAUGAUAUACCUCAUAAUGAAUCAAGUGAUGAUGUUUCGUUAUAUCACAAUGGGAUACAGGGAAUUCGACAUUUGAACAUUUAG